AGUGGACAUAGCAGUGGGCAAGAGGAGAAGAGAGGAGAGGAGAAGAAGCCAUUACUACUACUACUGUUACCACUACUGCAGUCACUCAACCCCAGUCUCUGACACCUGGGCCUGAAGGAACUUCUGUAGACCAUCCAGACUUCUCAACAAAAUACUAACACCUCAGCAGCUGAAGAUAGCUCAGAACCUUUAAACCCAAAUCGCCCAGUGGCCCGCCCAGGCAGGAAAAGGAAAGCCAUGACGGCACAGAAACCACAGGGGGCGAAGCAAACAUCGUGUAGGAGGACUGUGAUCACAGUUUUGUGUGUAGUGGUCAUUUUGGCCAUACUAGCAAUAGCUGCCUACUUCAUUCAGCAAUUGAUUGUGAGCAAAUACUACUUCUGCUCCAAGUCACUCAAGUUCAUUCCACUGGACCUGGCCUGUGAUGGUAAAGGAGACUGCUCUGGCAAUGAGGACGAAUCUACGUGUGUAUCAGAGUAUCAAGCCAAUUCUACCUUCCCAGUGCGUCUGGUAACGGCCCAAAACGUGCUGCAGGUGUACACGCCCACCUCGAGCUGGAGGACUGUGUGUUCAGACGGCUGGACUCAGGAGCACACGCAGGCCACGUGUCAGCAGUUCGGAUACACCACUAAACCCAUGCACCGCACGGUAGCGGUGAGGACCCUGGCGGUCGGUUUUAAGAGCGCAUAUGUCGCUGUGGGGUCCAAUGCAAACCAGCCCAUUCAGAACAACGUCAAAGACCGCACUUCAUGCUCUACUGGCUCAGUCAUCAGCCUGUCUUGUUCAGACACCUGUGGUUCACUGGGAAACCAGGACCGAAUCGUUGGGGGACAGGAUGCGGCUAUAGAUGACUGGCCUUGGCAGGUUAGCCUGCAGCAGCUGGGUCAGCACACCUGUGGAGGGUCCCUGGUCUCGCCCCGCUGGGUCGUCACGGCAGCGCACUGCUUUUCUGGCAGUAAGCGAGAGGUGAACCGGUGGAGGGUGGUGUCAGGGAGGUCGUAUUUGGGGACGAUGGGGGGCUCUACGGUGGACAAGAUUCUGCUGAACAAGGAUUACAACCCUGCACGCAACGACUACGACAUCGCCAUGAUGAGACUCAGUAGCCCUAUCAGCAUAGGAGAUGCACAGAAGCCUGUUUGUCUGCCUCCUCAUGACCUGGGUCUGAAAGAGGGAGACUCUCUGGUGGUGACUGGCUGGGGUUACCUGCAAGAGAAUGGGAAAGUUUCCUCUGUUCUCCAGAAGGCUGACGUUAAGUUUAUCAGCCGAUCAGUUUGCACCAGACCUGCCGUCUACGGCGCCGUGGUCACUCCCAGGAUGCUUUGUGCCGGAUUCUUGGAGGGCAAAGUCGAUGCAUGCCAGGGUGACAGUGGAGGUCCUCUGGUGUUUUUGUCUGGUCGCUGGUCCCUGGUUGGGGUAGUGAGUUGGGGUGUAGGCUGUGCGAGGCAGUCCAAGCCUGGAGUAUACACUAACGUGGACGAAAUGCUUAACUGGAUCUACUCAGUCAUGGAGACUGAGUCUUAAUGCAGAGAAUCUUUGUGAAAGGGCGCCAGGAGCGCCCGAACAGACCCGGACAUCAGCGCCACAUGAAAGUUUCCCUACAACACACACACACACACACACACACACACUCACACUCUUGUCCACAGCCAUAGUCAUUAGUGGUUUGAUUAUGGUAAUUUUCUGCAUUUUCUCAGGAGCUUGGGAAGUGUCUGUAUUAACAGUGCAUUGUUAUGAAUGUGUUGUGGAUCUCAGGGCCUAAUCACAUUAAUACACUCACACUGUAUUGAUGGGAGUCAUUUCUUUACAGUUUCACUUAUAGGAGAUUUUUUUUUUGUUUUUCAUUUCAUUUUUUAUGUUCCUGUUGUCAGGACUAGGAGAUUUGAAUAGAUUUGAACUUGAAAGUGCAAUAUCAUGCCAAGAUAUGACGUUGUUGUUGUUGUUGUUGUUGUUGUUGUUGUUGUUGUGUUUUUAUUUGAGCCCUCUCACUUCGCAUGUAAACACUUACACCUGACAUGUCAGUUUUUUAUAGUUCCUUCAUAAAAGCACUAGCUACGUGUUCCAUCAGAAGUUUUUAAAUGAAUACGUAAAGUCAUUACACAGCUGAGCCAGAGAAGAUCACUUCAGGUUCUCGGAGAGAUGGCUUUAUGCAUUCUGGUAUUUUGUUUUUUUUUUUUAAACUGCCAUGUGUUGCCAUGGUUUCUUAUGCACUUUGUUUGUUUGUAUUACUGUAACUGUAUAUCUCAUGCUAAAAUGGUGGUAUUUGUAUUGCCCUCCUCUCUUUUUUGCAGUCAUUUUGUUGUAAGACUACAGAGUGCUAUAAACCUUUUCACGCAAAACAAAGCGUUUACGGUGAGUGCCGACUUCGGUGCUGCUGUAUUGUGUUUGUGUGAGUGUGUAUGUACACUGUUAACUCUGGACAAAUAUUUCUUGUAAAUUAUGAAAUGGUUUUUGUACAUAUUGCCUGGUAAAUGAUUUUUAUAUUCCUGUAAAUAUUGUGUGUCA